AUGGAGAACGUCAUAGGCCGCGCACAAGGAACUCUCCAUGCAUGGCAGCAUGCGAGACAUACUCACACUAAUGAUCGCACCCAACAACAUCAUGUGCAACCCUUGUUUUGGCAACCUCCUCCAAAUUAUUUCAAGUGUAACAUUGAUGCAACAUUUUUUACAACAGAAAAAAAGGUAAGCAUGAGAGCGUGUCUUCGUGAUGAGAAAUGCACAUUUAUUGCUGCUUUGACAGCUUACUGUGAGGCUGUGAUGAAAGUAGCGGAGGGUGAAGCUUGGGGUUUAUACCAAGGCAUUCAAUGGAUUUCUUCAUUAGGGUACCACAAUGUCAUUUUUGAGCUGGAUUGUAAAAUGGUUGUAGAUGAUGUGCACAAUAGUAAGAUGAAUCUCUCUGAGUAUGGUUCAAUCAUCCAAAACUGUAGAACCUUACUUGAUCACUAUAACGACUUUGUAGUUGUUUUUACUAGGCGUCAAGCAAAUGGUAGCGCUCAUGCUCUUGCACGAGAAGCCUUAUCCCAUGCUUCACGCAGUACUUUUGUUGUAAUUCCUUUUUGUAUUGCUACUAUUAUUAUGAAUGAAACACCUUAA